UUCACAGCACUUUAUACAUUUCACCGCAGAAGUUUCGAGCAGGAAGAAUUAUCUGUGUUGAGAGGCGGCUGAGGAGGAGGAAAGCAUGGCCCUAAACGCAGAUGAUGAGGACUUUGAAUGGGAGCCUCCCUCCGAGGCCGAGAUGAAGGUGAUUCAGGCUCGACGAGAGCGACAGGACCAGAUCAGCAAGCUGAUGGGAGGCUAUCUGCUGAAGGGGUACAAGAUGCUGGGGGAGUGCUGUGAGCUGUGUGGGACAAUUCUGCUGCAAGAUAAGCAGAAGAAAAAUUACUGUGUUGCUUGUCAAGAGCUGGACUCCGAUAUUGACAAGGACAACCCAGCUUUAAACGCCCAGGCAGCUUUGUCACAGGUACGAGAGCGUCAGCUUGCGAAUCAGCCUCUCCCUGAAUCUAAUGGGGCUUCAUCCAGCGAACCCCCUCCCUCCAUCACGGGGCAGCCCCGGCCGGAGCACUGCGAGGGGGCCGCGUCUGGACUGAGAGGUCUCCCUCCCGCCAUACAGCCCACCCCUCUUUCUGUUCCCACCGUCAGCACCAACUUUCUGCCACCAGCCAACCCUCCUCUCCAGACUGCACCUCCUUCAGUGUCCUUGGGCAACACCCUCCACCACCACCCAGCCUUGUCAAGCGCAGAGGAGGCAGUGCUACACAAACUCAGAUGGGCCACACAGGAGCUCCAGCACUCUGUGUCAGUGGAGGCCAGUAUCCAGCUCUGCAGUCUGAUCCGAGGCUGUGCCGAAUCCCUGCGUAGUUUGAAAGAACUGCAGCUCUCAUAAGACUGAACCACAGACAGAGCUGUAACAGGAGACACAUAACGAAAUACGAACAGCACACACAUAUAUGUACACGCAUAUAUAUAUAUAUAUAUAUAUAUAUAGGAACAUACUCAACGGAGUGUUCCGGUUGUGUUUAUGUUUGUUCUAAAGCGGCUGAGUAUGUGACUGUGUUGUGUGUUGAAAUACAUUGCUUGAGCUGCAAAGGCUGUUUCUUUCUCCCUGAUUUGUUUGCGUUCGAGUUACAUUACAAGUUUGAACUUUCUUUCUGUUUCUUUAUGAACUCAUAAUUGGUUAAACUCCCAAGUUUUAUGAAAGUACCAACUUAACCGUCGUGACAAUGUUAGAACAACUACAGUUGGUGAAGUUAAGUGUUUCAAAGCAGCAACAGAUCCAUUUCGGUGCUGUGAGUGCUGUUUUGGUAACAAAUAACAGCAUCAUAAGUUUGAUAGUUAGGGGUAUUUCACUGCACUGCUUUCCUAUUUUCUUCCCAGCGAUCAUUGCACUAAUGCCUUAGUUCAACUUAAAAGUAUUUCUUGACCUUGCACUUUUUUUAUGACACUGCCCUAUGUCUAGCAUUUUUGCAUUCCACUUCAGUGUGUUCCAUCGUUUUUGCAGUGGAAUGCAAAAACUUGUUUUUUUCCCCCACAUUCCACUGCCCAUGUCUCACAUUUGUAAAUUCAAAAACGUGUUUUUUGUGAUGGGCCAUAAUAGGGGCCAUUCACAUAGAACAUGUUUUUAUGUUGAAAAUAAUUUGCAUUCUACUGUGUUGCUUUGUUUUUUUAUAACUUUUCAAGUUAUAAACUUGCAAUUGUGAGUUUACGUCUAGCAAUUCUGCCAUUUUUCCCCCUCUGAAUUCUUUGGUUAUAUCUUGCA